AUGAGCAUUCUCAGGAGUUCCAUUUCUUUGGCCUCCAGGGCUUCCAGGACUGGAAUUCCGCUAUUGACCAGGUCGGUUGCCGUCAAGAACGCAACUACGGUCUCGGUCUCCUUGGCCCGAUUCUAUUCCUCUAAGCCAGAGGAUAAAAAGGAAGAAUACAAGUCGAUUCUGAACGAUGAUUUGUUGGCACAAACAGGCAUAGAUGUUGAUUCUAUCAAAAAGGAGGGCAGUACGUCAGAGUCUGAGUCUGAGUCUUCAGAGUCAGAAGAAAAACAGCAGAGAUACAGCAAGGAUCCAAAAAGGGCAAAACGCCAGUCGUCUAUCGACAAGAAGAUGGAGAAAAGAGCCAAUAUGUUCUACAUCUCUGUUUUGGCGCUAUCUAUUGGUGGAGCCGCGUACCUGUCUAGAGACUGGGAGGAGUCGGAAGAGUCCUUCUACAAGCCGGAAGAGAACGGAUACACUCCCGGUUUGAUUUGGAAGCGUUUCAGUACGAGAUUCUCAGACUUGGUGGGAAUCUUCUCUGAACCUGCAUUCAACGAUUUGCUGCCUCCACCAGCUGCUGAGGAGUUCCGCAGACCUCUUACCUUGGUCUUGACCCUGGAUGAUUUGCUCAUUCACUCAGAAUGGUCUCCUAAGAACGGCUGGAGAACUGCAAAACGUCCCGGUCUGGACUACUUUUUGGGAUACUUGUCCCAGUACUACGAAAUUGUGAUUUUCUCCUCCACUUCGAUGGCAUACAGCGAGAGAACUGUCGCCAAGCUGGACCCAUACCACGCUUUCAUCUCGCACGCGUUGUUCCGCGAAGCGUGCCGUUACAAGGAUGGAAAGAUCAUUAAGGAUUUGAGCUUGAUGAACAGAGACCUGGGAAAAAUCGUCAUUAUUGAUGUUGACUCAGAUGCCUACUCCUUGCAGCCUGAAAAUGCCAUUCCCGUUGAGAAGUGGGAUGGCCAGCCAGACGACAAAUUGGUCCAGAUGAUCCCAUUUUUGGAGUAUCUUGCCACAAACCCACGUUUGAAGGAUGUGAGACCAAUCUUGAACUCGUUCCCAGACAAAACCCAGAUCCCAGAGGAGUUCAUCAAGAGAGAGAAGAUUUUGCGCCAGCAGUUUGAGGCUGAACAGAAAGCCAAAGGAGGCAACGGAUUCAGCCUCGGCCUUGGGAUUGCCAGACCUGCUGCAUUCCCUCUGGAUCUCAUCAGAGAACACGGCCAGAGAAACUACCUGAACAUGUACAACUACCUCAAGGAGCACGGAGAAGAGCUCCUCAGACAGGAGAAGGAGAGAGAGAAGCAGAUAAUGGCCGAGCAGAACAUGACCCUCGGAAAGUUACUCACCGAGGGCGUUCCAAACCCCGAGGAAGUUUUGAAGCAGCAACAGGAGCUCCAGCAGCAGCAGUCCAAAUAG